UUGGGUUUCUGUUGUUCCUGAGCCCCAACUAGCUACUCCGUACUGAAAACCCUAGGAAGAAGAUUAACAGAUUAGUUUAAGCCGGAGCAUCCUGAUCGGAGCUUAUCCUUAUUCCGACGAGUAUUGUGGAAGCAUGGUGUUCCAGUUGCGGAAUCUGAGGGCAGUGGCGGAGUGCCAACACUGUGGCUCCGCCACUGUCUGAGGGUCAAGUGGUCUCUCAUCUCUCACUGCCUUAUUAGAGGUGUAUGGAUCAAAAUCUGGAGAACUUAGUCCACUCACUCUUGAUCUGGCUUGUUUACCUGUGGUUAAGCUUACUAUGAUCGAAAGUAAACAACUUUAAGACGAAUGAGGACUACACAGAGAUAUUUUUACAAGAGUCCUUGAUAUCUUCACUGUUUUGUAUCUGCUCUCUACUCCUUGGCUUCCUGCACCACCUUCAUUGUUGCUUGAGAGUAGUUUUUGAUUAUUAAGUUCAUUUGCAUUGAUGGAGUUUAGAGUAGUUUUUGAUUAUUAAGCUUUUAUUGUUGCUUUAGAGUAGUUUUUGACUAUUAAGUUCAUUUGCAUUGAUGAAGUUUAGACUACCUACCUGGCGUACAAAGUGAAGUUGUUGACGGUUUAGAUUUACUUGCUCUGAGAGUUUUAUACACGUACUCUACAUGAAGAGGAGGUUACAAAUAUCCAAUAAAAGGGGACAAAAGAGUUUGGGAAGUUAACUAAGUGGAAAGGCUAUGGCGGAAACAACGAGUUGGAUUCCGGUUUGGUUCCCUUUGAUGGUGUUGGGGUGCUUUAGUCUGAAAUGGUUGGCUAAGAAGGUGAACGUGUGGCUCUAUGAGUCUAGCCUCGGGGAGAACAAACACUAUCUGCCACCAGGUGAUAUGGGUUGGCCUUUCAUCGGCAACAUGCCGUCUUUUCUCAGAGCUUUCAAGACCUCUGACCCUGACUCCUUUGCUCGCACCUUAGUCAAAAGGUAUGGACCUAAAGGUGUCUAUAAAACACACAUGUUCGGGAACCCAAGUAUAAUAGUGACAACACCAGACACUUGCCGGCGUGUUCUGACGGAUGACGACGCCUUCAGGCCAGGCUGGCCAACGUCUACAAUGGAACUCAUUGGAAGGAAGUCGUUCAUUGGUAUUCCUUAUGAAGAACACAAACGUCUCAGGCGUUUGACUGCUGCUCCAGUCAACGGCCACGAAGCUCUCUCUCUCUACAUACCUUACAUUGAAGAAAACGUUAUCACCGCUCUAGACAAGUGGAGCAAGAUGGGAGAGUUCGAGUUCUUGACUCAUCUGCGUAAGCUUACCUUUAGGAUCAUCAUGUACAUCUUUUUAAGCACCGAGAGUGAGAAUGUCAUGGACGCGUUGGAACGAGAGUAUACCGCUCUUAACUAUGGAGUGAGAGCGAUGGCGGUUAAUAUCCCUGGCUUUGCUUAUCAUAGAGCACUCAAGGCGAGGAAGAAACUCGUAGCUGCGUUUCAGUCCAUAGUGACUGAGCGUAGAAACCAAAGGAAGCAGAACAGUUCAUCCAAUAAGAAAGAUAUGUUGGACAAUCUCAUUGAUGUUGAAGAUGAAAAUGGGAAAACGUUGGAUGACGAAGAGAUUAUUGAUGUUCUUCUGAUGUAUCUUAAUGCUGGUCAUGAGUCCUCUGGCCACACCAUUAUGUGGGCUACCAUUUUCCUUCAGGAACACCCUGAGUUUCUUCAAAGGGCAAAGGCAGAACAAGAGAUGAUCCUGGAAAAUAGGCCCAAGGGACAGAAGGGCCUUACUCUAAAAGAAACUCGACAAAUGGAGUUUUUGUCGCAGGUUGUUGAUGAGACACUUCGAGUCAUAACAUUCUCACUUACCGCAUUUAGGGAGGCAAAAACUGACGUUGAAAUGAAUGGCUAUUUGAUCCCAAAAGGUUGGAAGGUUUUGACAUGGUUUAGGGACGUCCACAUGGACCCUGAAGUCUUCCCGGAUCCAAGAAAAUUUGAUCCUUCUAGAUGGGAUAAGGGUUUUAUACCAAAAGCUGGUGCCUUCCUUCCUUUUGGUGCUGGAAGCCAUCUAUGCCCAGGAAAUGAUCUCGCUAAGCUCGAGAUUUCUAUUUUCCUUCACCAUUUUCUCCUCAAAUAUCGGGUGAAAAGGAGCAACACAGAGUGUCAAGUGAUGUACUUACCUCACACCAGACCAACUGAUAAUUGCUUGGCAAGAAUCAGUUAUCAGUAAAAACAUGAUUCUCAUCUUCUCCGGAUAAGACGCUGUUAGUAAUUUGAGCUAAUCAGUUACGGAGUUGGUUGACUCUUUUAUAAACAUAGUCUUUGAGACUCUUGUCUUUCUUCCUUUCUAAACUGCAUCAGACUGCUUAUUCUGUUCCAUGAAACAGAGCUUUCUCUCUUCUUUGAUUUUUAUUAUUAUUUAUAACUCUUUA